CAUAAGAAUGCACUUUAGCUGUAGUUUGGGAAUGCACAGUUAAUACACAGAAGGAGCCAAAUGGUGAACUGGAGUGACCUACUGAAGAUCAUCCUAGAUAAAACAUCAUUACAUUAUGAUGUGAACAUGUCUUAAUCACCUGGACUGAGCUGAAUGUUGACUAAUCUGAACUGGAAGAGCAGCAGCUGGAAUUGGUUCCUGUGGUAAAACUGCUGAUGACAGGAGUGAACAGGGAAUGGCGGGCAAGGACUAUAACCACCUCUUCAAGCUGCUCAUCAUUGGAGACUCAAAUGUAGGGAAGAGCAGUCUGCUUCUAAGAUUUGCUGACAAUACGUUCUCAGGCAGCUACAUCACUACGAUUGGAGUGGACUUCAAGAUCCGUACAGUGGAUAUUGAGGGGGAGAGAGUCAAGCUUCAGAUAUGGGACACGGCUGGUCAGGAGAGAUUCAGAACCAUCACUUCCACGUAUUACAGGAACACUCAUGGUGUAAUAAUCGUCUAUGAUGUCACAAAUCAAGAGUCCUUCAUCAGUGUGAAGAGAUGGCUCAACGAGAUCUCCCAAAAUUGUGACAAUGUCUGCAAGAUCCUUGUGGGCAACAAGAAUGAUGACCCUUCCAAGAAGCAGGUAGACACUAAGGAUGUGAAGUCUUUCGGGGAGUCUGUGGGUGUCAGGGUUUUUGAGGCAAGUGCCAAGGAGAAUAUUAACGUGGAAGAGAUGUUCAUGACGUUCACUCACAUGGUCCUGCAAGCAAAGAAACGGAGCCAGAUCCAAGCAGAGAGAGAGCGGAAGAGAGAGAAAGACACAGUCUACAUCAACUCCCACCGAGACAGGGGGAAAAGGAAGAGAGGGAAAAAGUGUUGCUGAAAGAGAGCUAGACAACACUAAUACUUCAUUGUACUAACACUGCACCGAGAGGUGG